UUUACCAAACUAAAGCCUCCAAAUUUUGCUUAUAAAUGCUUAGUACCCACAACUCACCAAACCAUCCAAAUUCUCCAACUGAACUUUCAGUUUUCACAUUCCUUUCCAAUCUUAAUGGAUUGGACCCGUGGCCGGACAAUUGGCCGUGGCUCCACCGCCACCGUUUCUAUUGCCACCGCUGAUCAUUCCGGUCACGUAUUUGCUAUUAAGUCCUCUGAGCUCUCGCAAUCGGAAUCUCUUAGGAAGGAACAGAGCAUUUUGUCUACGUUAAGCUGCCCUCAAAUUGUAGCAUGCAAAGGGUGUGACAUUUCAGCCGAGAAUGGUAAGCUUCUAUACAAUCUUUUCUUGGAAUAUGCCCCCAGCGGCACCGUCACUGACGUAAUUCACAAGCACGGUGGUUCCCUUGAGGAGGGUAUGGUCCGAUCGUACACUCGUGGGAUUUUACUCGGCCUUGAAUUCCUGCACUCUCGAGGAAUAGUGCAUUGUGACAUCAAGGGCCAGAAUAUACUGGUCAGCGAUGAUGGGGUGAAAAUCGCCGACUUGGGUUGCGCUAGGCGAGCUGAUGGGGCAUCGACUACCACUUGGUCGGUUGCCGGUACACCUGUUUAUAUGGCGCCAGAGGUGGCGCGUGGCGAGCAGCAAGGAUUCUCAGCUGACGUGUGGGCACUUGGAUGUACGGUCAUCGAGAUGGCUACCGGACGAGCACCGUGGCCUGAUGUUCGCGACCCUGUUUCUGCACUGUACAGAAUCGGGUUCUCAAAUGAUGUGCCGGAAAUACCAUUCAAUAUAUCGAAGCAGGCAAGGGAUUUCUUAGGCAAGUGUUUGAGGAGAGACCCUGCCGAGAGAUGGUCGGCAACGCAACUUCUUUCACACGAUUUCAUGAAGGAGUCGAUGUUUCUAGUGAAGGAAACUGGCGGUUCUGACUUGGAGUCACCCAACAACGUACUGCACCCACACUUGUGGGACUCCAUGGAAGAGUCGGAGACAAUUGAGAUUCCUUCCAACAAGUCUUUAGUGGAAAGGAUCCGACAAUUGGGUGAAGACAAACUUGUUUUGUCUUCAAAAUUACCCAGCUGGGAAUACGAUGAAGAUUGGCUGACGGUGAGAAGCAAUGGCAAUUUGGAAGCAGAAAGGUUACCUAACAGACAGGACCAUAACCUUUUACAUGUCGAUGAAUCAACAAGCAGUAAUGAAGGAUACAUGGGUAGGAUGAGCGAGGAUUAUGAAAUAGUGGUUGAUUACUAUCUCACAAAGAUUAGUGGGCAAAAUAGUUUAACCACUAACAGCGAGAGCAUUGAGAGUAGGUAUAAAUUAACUUCAUUUGCAGCAUGUGAAUGUAUGAUUUACAUCUUUUGUAUCAAUUUAAAUUACUCUAAUGAUAAGCAUUCUUUUAAUCCACCUGUUAUUGCUUUGCAGUCUGUUUUAAUUGUAGUCUUUUUAAGGAAGCUGAGUUUUACUGUUGAAGUUUGUUCGGAUAAUCAAGUUCAAAAUGAUAUAAUAUUUAUCUUAAUCAUAUUUCGUAAUUUAUUUUCAUAA